GGGUAGCUGUGGCGGCUGCUGAACGGUGGCCGCGGUGGCAGCGGUGCAGAGCCCCAUGGUGCCGGUGCGCGGGCCGCGGCGGCUGAGCGAAGCGGCGCCGCCAUGGGCUCCCUGUUCCGCAGCGAGAGCAUGUGCCUGGCGCAGCUCUUCCUGCAGUCGGGCACCGCAUACGAGUGUCUGAGCGCGCUGGGCGAGAAGGGCCUGGUGCAGUUCCGAGACCUCAACCAAAAUGUAAGUUCUUUUCAAAGAAAAUUUGUUGGCGAGGUGAAGAGGUGUGAAGAGCUAGAAAGAAUAUUGGUGUACCUGGUGCAGGAAAUUACCAGAGCUGAUAUUCCCCUGCCUGAGGGAGAGGCCAGUCCUCCCGCACCACCUCUUAAACAUGUUCUAGAAAUGCAGGAGCAGCUGCAGAAGCUCGAGGUGGAGCUGAGGGAAGUCACCAAGAACAAGGAGAAGCUGAGGAAGAACCUGCUGGAGCUGGUGGAAUACACCCACAUGCUGAGGGUCACGAAGACCUUCGUCAGGCGGAACGUGGAAUUUGAACCCACUUAUGAAGAGUUCCCCGCCUUAGAGAACGAUUCUCUGUUGGAUUACAGCUGCAUGCAGAGGCUGGGCGCCAAGCUGGGAUUCGUGUCUGGCCUGAUUCAGCAAGGCAAAGUGGAAGCCUUUGAAAGAAUGCUGUGGCGGGCCUGCAAAGGGUACACCAUCGUGACCUACGCAGAGCUGGACGAGUCCCUGGAGGACCCCGAGACGGGUGAGGUCAUCAAGUGGCACGUGUUCCUGAUAUCCUUCUGGGGCGAGCAGAUCGGCCACAAGGUUAAGAAGAUCUGUGAUUGUUACCACUGCCACGUCUACCCGUAUCCAAACACGGCUGAGGAGCGCAGGGAGAUUCAGGAGGGGCUCAAUACUCGGAUCCAAGACCUUUACACUGUGCUGCACAAAACAGAGGAUUACCUGAGGCAGGUGCUGUGCAAGGCGGCUGAGUCGGUGUGCAGCCGGGUGGUGCAGGUGAGGAAGAUGAAAGCCAUCUACCACAUGCUCAACAUGUGCAGCGUCGACGUCACCAACAAGUGUCUCAUUGCGGAGGUCUGGUGCCCUGAGGCGGACCUGCCAGGCUUGCGCAGAGCGCUGGAGGAAGGCUCGAGAGAGAGUGGAGCUACAAUCCCCUCGUUCAUGAACACAAUCCCUACGAAAGAGACACCACCCACUCUGAUCCGCACCAACAAGUUCACCGAGGGCUUCCAGAACAUCGUGGACGCCUAUGGUGUCGGGAGCUACCGAGAAGUGAACCCAGCUCUCUUCACCAUCAUCACCUUCCCGUUCCUGUUUGCUGUGAUGUUUGGUGACUUUGGGCACGGCUUUGUCAUGUUCCUGUUUGCCCUUUUACUGGUGUUAAAUGAGAAUCAUCCCAGACUCAGCCAGUCACAGGAGAUCCUGAGGAUGUUCUUUAACGGCCGCUACAUCCUACUGCUGAUGGGACUGUUCUCCGUGUACACCGGCCUCAUCUACAAUGAUUGCUUCUCCAAGUCUGUGAACCUCUUUGGCUCCAGGUGGAAUGUGUCUGCCAUGUACAGCUCCAGCCACUCUCAAGAGGAGCAGAAGAGGAUGGUGCUUUGGAAUGAUAGCACCAUCAGGCACAGCAGGACUCUGCAGCUGGACCCGAACAUCCCUGGAGUUUUUCGAGGCCCCUACCCUUUCGGCAUUGACCCUAUUUGGAACCUGGCCACAAAUCGCCUCACUUUUCUCAAUUCCUUCAAGAUGAAAAUGUCUGUUAUUUUAGGAAUUAUUCACAUGACUUUUGGUGUCAUUCUGGGAAUAUUUAACCACUUGCACUUUAGGAAGAAGUUUAACAUCUACCUGGUGUCCGUCCCUGAGAUCCUGUUCAUGCUGUCCAUCUUUGGGUACCUGAUCUUCAUGAUCAUCUACAAGUGGCUGGCGUACUCGGCAGAGACCUCUAGGGAGGCCCCCAGCAUCCUGAUCGAGUUCAUUAACAUGUUCCUGUUCCCGUCCAGUGAGACACAUGGCCUCUACCCCGGGCAGGCGCAUGUCCAGAGAGUGUUGCUGGCCCUCACUGUGCUGGCGGUCCCUGUGCUCUUCUUAGGAAAACCGCUCUUCCUGCUGUGGCUGCACAAUGGGCGCAGUUGCUUUGGUGUGAGCCGGAGCGGUUACACACUUGUAAGGAAGGACAGUGAAGAAGAGGUUUCUUUGCUGGGCAGCCAGGACAUAGAAGAGGGGAGCAACCGCAUGGAAGAAGGCUGCCGGGAAGUGACGUGUGAGGAGUUUAACUUUGGGGAGAUCCUGAUGACGCAGACCAUCCACUCCAUUGAGUACUGCCUUGGCUGCAUCUCCAACACCGCGUCCUACCUGAGGCUCUGGGCCCUCAGCCUGGCACAUGCACAGCUGUCCGAUGUGCUGUGGGCCAUGCUGAUGCGUGUGGGCCUGCGUGUGGACACCACCUACGGGGUCUUGCUGCUGCUGCCUGUCAUGGCUUUCUUUGCAGUUUUGACUAUUUUUAUCCUUCUGGUCAUGGAAGGUCUUUCUGCAUUUCUCCAUGCCAUACGCCUUCACUGGGUUGAAUUUCAGAACAAAUUCUACAUUGGUGCAGGCACCAAAUUUGUUCCUUUCUCCUUCAGUCUGCUCUCCUCCAAGUUCUGUAAUGACGAUGACAUUGCAUGAUCACAUGGCUGCAGCCGUCCGCUCUCAGGGUUAUGGAGAAUGAUCAUGUUACAGAAUUCCCUCAAUCAGAUUUCCGACGGGAAAAUUCCACCCUCGAUGAUUGCCUUACGACUCAGCCAAAUGAUUCUGUAAGAUACACCUCUCCUCGUGUUGAAGAUUUUGUAAAGCUCACCACUUCGGACACAGAAAUUUCGUUGGUUUUUAUUAUGAGCAAAUGUAAGCUAUGCCAACAUUACAUUAAAGAUAUUUUUUUAAUAAGUGUACGAUUGGAGGAUAAAAGCCAGCUGAAUGGCUAGCUAAAAUUGUUUUUAGAUUCUUGAUUCCCUUCCAACUUUAAAAAAAACACAGAUUUGUUCCAUCACGAGAAGAUGUCAGAUACCACAGUUUUCUUCAGACAUUCUGCUGGGCCAUCAGCAGAUCCCCGCACCCUGCUGGCUCAAGAAUGUGUGUGUUCUGCCUGGAUGCUGUCAGUCACGGAGGGAAAGGGACAACAUAACACAGCAGAUAGCUCUCCUGCUUGUUUUUACAAGAGCCCUGCCCUGUUACCCUUUGUCAGACCAGUCAUGACAGUUGGACAUUGGGAAGAUGACCGUCCAGAGCCUUAGAUCCCGGUGUGGCCGCAGAGAAGACAGGUGAAAGUAAUGUGUAUUUUUGUAGCAAAGAACAAAUGAAGCUAUUUUGCCACAGAGACCUUGCUUCUGCUGGGGAACAGUGUAAUUUUUUACUUUCACAGUAAUUCUAAAUAAAGGUCUGAUGGCCACAGUUUAAUUUCUAAAAACUCUUCAGGUCAGUUGAAAACUAAUUCUCACUAAUCUGUUCAUCAUCUCGAGCAAAGAUCACCUGUCCCUGUGUCACUUAGCUCUGCACAAAGUGGACUCAGCCCUGCUGAGCCCUGAUCCAUGUCAUAGUCUUAUAAAUUAUGUUCAUUCUCACAUUUUACAUUAACUGGUUUUAGAUUAACUUCAGAAAAGAAGCCUGCGGCUGGGGUGUGGCUUGGUUGCUAGAUCCCCAGAAUCACCUCAUAUUCCUGACACUCAGAGGGUGGAGAUGGGGUUACCUGAGGCCAGUCCAGGCUACAUGACAUCCUAAAGAGAAAAGGAAUCUAACAUAUUUCUGCCCUCUUGAAAUUCUAAGUCACAUGCUACUGCAGAGGUCCUGUUCAUCCCCCUGCCCCACCACUCUGUGUGCCAGAGAGUGGCCUUUGGAAGUUGGGAUUUAGCAGCUUUUUGGGUCCUUUAAGGCCUGCUUGCUGAGACAGUGAACUGCCCGUGCCACAGCUGGACUGUAAGUCACUCCUCUUUAGCUGCAGCGGAGUCUGCACUGGUGGGCAGUGAACUCCAGCAUCUGUGCCCUGUGUGCCAGCUUCCUGGCAGCUGUGAUGAGGUGGUGCUGCCCAGUGUUAAACCUGCUCUUGCUCAUAUCCGUUGUCACCCCCACGAUGUCACUCUCGUUACUGUUCCCCCAGGGUCUCUGGUCCUCACAGAGAUAACUGAUUCCAGGAAUAAGGACAGGAGAUGCAGUUUUGGCCAUGUUCACUGUCCUUGGCAGUUGUGAUGGGGCCACUUUUCCGUUGCAACUAACAUCUCUUACUGGGGUGAGAGAGUGAUUUCUUGGCUGAAGUCUGUCACAGUUAUAUGGAGUGUAAUUACAUAAACAAAUUACUCCUUUUGAGAACCCUCUGGAAAUAUAAUUGAUAGCAUCAUACAGAGGGAAGCAAACAACUGCCUGGGUGGUGUGAUGUUCACCCUCCCUAUCACAACAGAGCCAUGCCGUCUGUUCAGGUGUUCACUGCGUCACAUAGGCUUCCGUUGGUGGAGAGGCCGGGUACGGCCAGCAGAAGCAGGCAAAGGGGUUUGAACACUUGGACUCACCCACCAUGGGGCCUGGGACGGAUUCCGUUUCCCUCCGAGUCCUCUCCUGGCCUCAGUUCUAGAGUGGGUCAGGAUGUUUCGAGGUGUUGAAUGCCACCUAUGCAUUCUCUUGCCUCGACUCUCAGCUGGCACUAGAGGUAUGCAGUGCUGGGCUUGACUGGAGUAGCUGUACUGGCAUUCGGGCCCAGUGCUCUGGCAUAGGCCACAGACUAUCCGUUGAUAAUUUACGGGGCUGGCGAAUCAAGCUGUGAUUUAGAGUUUGACCCAUUUGGGAAAUAAAAACACACAAGCUUCAGCCGUUUAUUUCUCUACUGAAGUUUUUAAUCUGGGGUUGCUCGCGUGCCAUACUCUCCAGGCAGACCUUAAGAACUGUCCUGAUGCUUUAAGUCGGGAGUUUGGAGUGAUGUCUGUUCUGCCCCUGGACUGCUGCUGCCUGCCGGGCUCUGCUCAAACACCAUGAAAUCCACAAGAACUAUGGGAGCCAGUCAGGACUGUGUCCUGCAGGCACAUGAAGGACUAAUCUCCUGUCAGUAUGGAACUUCCUUUUGCUAGUGACAAAUAAAUCUAUAUUUUUGAGA